AUGGCCCGAUUCGGUCGGGGCAAGAAGACACCCAAGUCAGGAACCAACAAUGCUGACCCGGACAUGCUUUCGCUGCCUACGUCAGAUCCCCGUCGAGCGCCCCGUGUCAGCCUUCCCCAUGUGGAAACGCAAUUGAACAUGCAUCAAUACAAUGGACUCUUCAAUGAAAUCUCUACUCCCGAGCGGCCGACUGAUGCUCCCGCCGCGGAUUCCCCGCCAGACCCCGUGCUAUCCACCUCCCCGAGCGGCACCAACGGCUUCGCGAAUCACACAAACCAGGAUGCCUCGGCCACGGAAUGGUCGUCGGCGGUCGGGCAUGCGGCGACGGGAAAGUCCGGGCGCGUUAUCCAUAACCUCCAGGAAGAAGUCGCGCGCUUGACUCGAGAGUGUAGUCUCUAUCGCUCUCGCGCCGAGGAGACGCAGCGCAUGAACGAUGCCUACAAGGUCCAGGUACAGAACAUGACCGAGCGACUCCGAAAUCUCGAGCAAGCGAACGAGACGAACCUCCAUUCGAUCGCGCGGAAGGACAAGAAAAUCGACGAGCUGCGAGCGGAGGUACAGACCGAAAAGGAUCGCAGAGUGCAGGCGGAGGGCGAGGCCAAGAAAGUCAAUCAGUUGAUGGGGGUGGCCCGCGACGAUUUCCACCGCAAAUGUGCCGAGCUGCAGGAAAUCUCCAACCAUUCUCGGACUCAGUACGAUGUCUUGGCCCAGUCGGCGCACCGUGAACGAGCGGAACAGCAGCGGAAGCUCAAGUCGAUCAAGGAUGAUAUCGCGGCCAUGAAGAAGCAUCACGACGCAAAGAAUACUAAGCUGGAGCGUUUGGAGGCGAUUAUGGCGGAGAAGGAUCAGGAGAUUGAGCUCAAUAGGGAGAGAUUCGACCAGCUUUUUGCAAACUAUGAGGCUUAUAAGCAGGCGCAAGACGACGAAGUCGGAACGCUGAUCGAGAUCGGCCGGCGAGGCGAGGCCAAGAUCAACGCCACGCUGGCUUCGCUGAAAGAAACCGAAGGGAAAAUGAAGUGGAUCAUUCAGGUCAAACAACAGGUCAAGGACGCUGAAUAAUUGAUCCAGCACAGUCUAUGACGGUCCAAGCAAUACCUAUGGCAGGCGCCCACUCGGUUGACAGAUUCGGGUCAACGGCGGGCACGUUGACCUUGAUUACGGAAAAUCCUCAGCUUGCAACCCAGUAUCCCAAUGGAGCACUCGUACCCUCUUGCGUGCAACUCGGCAACGGCAACGACAACGGUCAUCGAGGACCAUGAAACACAUCUUCUACAUUCCAUUCUUGUACUCUUUAUCUUUCC